CUUGACCUCAACCUCAAAUUGACUUACAUAUCCAACCUUACACGAUUCCAAAUUCCCUUGUCUCUAUACACAGGACCUAUCAUUAAAUAUUACGGGAGAAAGAUAUCUGCAAGAUCAUAUAAAAGCGCUUGAGCCGAUAUCCUAAUACAGCAAGAUUGCGUAUAAUUGCCAAUAUGCAUGACAACAAGCGAUCCCAUCCCCUUCUGGAACAAGUCCCUUUGACAGUCUCUCCAUUUGUGUCACUUCCAACAGCGACAACACUCUCGUAUAACUACAAGACUAUGCCCUCAAACAUCCCACCCUCGUCCCUGGGCAUCGAGGCAGCAUCAGAUAACCCCGCAGGCCAAACCAAGCCUAAAUACGUGGUAUCCAACUCUGGUCAUGCGGCACAUCCAGAAGACAUCAUCGCCUCAUGCCGCGCACUUCAAGCUUACGUGACCAAGAUGCAAGAGGAUGCAGAGCGUGAACUCCGAGAAUUUGAUGAGAAGAUCAAGGCGCGUGAACUCGCGGAGAAGAGGAGAGUUGCGCCGGGUUGGCUCGAUAGUGAGAUGCACAUGUUGGAGCCUGAGAGGAGUACACCGGUGCAGCAACAAGGUGCUGGAAACGUACCAGAGCAUCAAAACACUCAGAGCGGAACCAAUACGAAUGCGACAGAGGACCAAGGUGCAGAAUUGGACCGAGUAUUUGGCGGGAUGGCUCUGAAAUAAGCCAUUUGAGUUGGCAUUUUACGAAUCACGACCAACGGCGCAAGAGAUAGUUCUAUAAAGCCUUGCUCUUGAUAGUUUUACGCAACGGCUGCUUCUUCACCAUAAGACCGUGGACUCUAUCAGGUUGAUGCUCCACAGCUGUGAGCUCUAUAUCUAGCUUUUGUCUAUUUCUUAAUGGUGGGCACAGAACUGUACUAUACAUCUGAUACAUUUGACACUCUUCAGUUUUCCCUGACCACAAGGGCAUGAAUAUUCUUUUAGUGUCGCUUGGAGGAAACAGCCAAGAUCUUGUUAGCAGCGUGUGCAGCAGCAACCAUAAUGGAAGCCUGGGUAUUUCCAGUUGGAACCUCAGGAUGCAUGCUACCAUCGACAACAAACAGGUUCUUGGUUCCCCAAACUCGGGUGUCAGGCCCAACGACGCUCUUGCCAUCGUUCUUGGCUCCCAUAUUAGCCGACCCGAGGUGAUGGUUGCCACUGUACGAAACCUCGAGAAUAGUGUCGGCGGUGACAUUGCUAGGCACACUCAGAACGCUACCAGGCUUACGCGCGUAGCUAAGAAGUUCGGCGACAAAGGUCUUGAGAGCAUCGCGGUCACCCUCGGUAUUGAGGAAUGGCUUUUGAGUGAUGUUGGUGUUGCCCCCAGGAGUAAUCUCGAGGGUUCCGUGGGAUGUAAGACCGUGGGUGAGAUAGACCUUGGCUGAGAUGGUGUUAUUCUCAGGGGCAUUGACUGUGCCUUGCACAUAGCGGGUCACGCCAUCAUUGCCUUCGACGCUCUUCCAGAAGUUAAGACGCUGAGCUGACUGCGAGAGAAGGCCACUUCCUUCAGCAAACAACUCAACAGUCUCAUCGUUAGGCUCAGUGAAUGCCUCCCUGGGAAGGGCUUGAAGCUUAUUCUUGGUCUGGAAAUCCACGACAACAAUGGGAUGGUCCUUCAGGCGCUGGCCAACGGGAAGGUCGAUCCACUGGGAGGCAGGAGGGAGCUUCACGUUCGUAGAGCCGGACUGGACAAUGCGGAUUUGCUUCUUUGGUCCAAUGCCUGAGUUGAAGAGGAUUCGAGGUGUCGAGUGGGUGCCGGAUGAGAGGACCACGGAACCACCCUUGCUCAGCCUAAUGAUCUCACGAGAACCGUCGUCAUGCUCCACUUCGAUGCCGGUAAUGAUAGGGCCCUUGCGAACAGCACGGAUGACCUUGGCGUGAAGCUGCAAGCUGAAGUUGUCGAGGGCCUGUGCAGCGGGUAGAAUAUCACGCACGGGACCACCUCGAAGUCCAUUGCUGAUCUAAGUGAUGUUAGAGUCUUCUAGCAAGUAUAGAGAUCGGACUUACCAGCCAAGGAGGGUGCGUAAAGAUCUUAUCCUUCGCCUCGACGUUCUCAAGAGCAUUGACCUCAUCCCAGCCAUUGCUCUCAAGGAACUUUGACAUAACCUCAAAGGCACCAUCAUCAUAGCGCUUUCCAUCGGCCGAGGGAAGAAUGCUCCCGGGCAUACGUUCAAAAACGCUCUUGGCAGCAUCGGACACUCCAUCCUCCCAUUGCCAUCCCCUAGGCCAGCCCUGAAAGUCGGCAGCUCGGGGCUUGACAAACAUGAGAGCGUUCAACAUGGUAGAUCCACCGAGCAAGCAACCUGCUGAGGCAGCAAUGUCUGUGCACCACUGAAUGGUCGGUGAGAUAUCGGUGUAGUAGGCCAUGCCUGGAACAUCGUAUGCGGUGACGGUUUUGUUCCACUUCAUCAAGUCAUCACGGUUACCCGUGGAAUAGAAUGAAGGACCACCACGCUCAACAAGAAGAACCUUGUGGCCAGCAUUGGCAAGUCUCUCGGCAACAACCAGACCCGACGCUCCGGCACCGGCUACGAUGUAGUCGUAGGUGGUUUUCCGGGUAGUAGUGUUACCAGCAGAAGCAAAGCCCAGCAGAGCCGAGCCGAUAAUAGUGGCGAACUUCAUUUUCAGAACCGGCAAAGACAAAGAGGAAAUGGCCUGAAAAGCAAGUCUUGAAGACUCGCCAAUGCCCUUUUUAUAUCCAUCGUGGGCAGAGGAUCUUGUAAGAGAUUAGAUGAGAUUGAUAAACUCCCCACAUAUGGUUGCUGGAUCUAGCAUAAGUGCCGGCGCUGAGUGGAUUGUUGGUGGGUAAGGGUAACAUUAAGCUUGUUCUUGAAAGUUAUCAGAUGGGGAUCGACAGGCAUCAAGACGUUUAGUUCAGCACUGUUGUCAUGGCAUGGCUGGGUUUUAAAUACCUCAUCUGAAUGGAAUCUGAGAGUGGUGCUCUUGGUUUUACUCUUUUAUGUGAAGA